GGCCACUGCACGGGCGGGGGGGCGGGAAGCGCGCAGCGCGGGGGAGCCUCUCGGGUGCCCAGGCCUACCUCCCCUGUGUUGGUGCAGGCCCAGAUUCACAUGGCUGUCCCCGGUGGCGAUGUUCCGGUCGGGGGGGCGGCCCGGCGUGGGAAGGACCCUCAGACAGGCGCCGGCCUAGCUCGGGCCACAGGCGGCGGCCUUGCACGCGGUGGGGAUGCGUUCAGUGAUGCAGAUGGAGCGACACCAGGCCAGUCACGUCAGUCGGGAGGUCCCGCCUCCAGGCACCGUUCGGAGUCUGGGAGGGUUGACCGGAGGGGCAGUGGUGCUCAGGCUGCAGCCGCAGUGCUGAGGGAUGAUCUGAUUGAAGAGUUCAGCAGCGAUGGAGACGAGAGCCCUCGGGGGGUGGUGGCUCCCAUACCUGUCACAACGCCAGCUGUGUCCAGAGGUCGGGGAAGGAGUGAGGAGGUUCGUCAACGACCACACGGGCAGGCGGCGACCGGUUCCAGCAGCAGUGAAGAGGGGGAGCUGCCGGAGGACCCCGCGGAGGAUGGACGUUAUGGGAACCUGUCGGCUGGAGGACCUUCACGGCCGCGCCGAACCGAUCCCCAAGGUUGUCUGAUUUGGAUCCUAGGACAUUCAUUUGUGUUUUGGGGGGCAAGAAGGGCGGAUGUCAAGCCUGGGGGGAGACAGCUGGGGGUGCCCAGGGAGGAAGGAAGGGUACGAUGGAUAGGGAUUAGGGGUCUCAUGUGGCAGAAGGUGUUACCCGAAGUUCACAGGGGGGCUAGCUUAGACAGGGCCCCGGACAUUUUGGUGAUACAUGCGGGGGGGAAUGAUUUGAGCGUCCGGCCGAUGCGCCAGGUGAUCAAAGGCAUACAAUGGGAUAUACGCCGACUGCGGGCCUCUUUCCCUGACCUGAUCAUUGUUUGGUCAGAUAUUGUGGCUCGCAUGGCCUGGAGGGAGGCCAGGUCAUUGGAGCGUUUGGAUAAGGCCCGGAUAAAGGUGAACAGAGAAGUGGGCAGGUUUGUGGUGCAGCAAGGUGGGAUAGCGGUUCGCCAUUCAGAUUUAGAAGUUGAGACUUGGAGGUACCUGAGGGGGGACAGGGUUCAUCUCAACCCGAUCAGGAUCGAUCUUUGGGCUCUGGGAUUGGAGGAGGGCGUUAGGAGGGCUUUCCUGGUGUGGCGGCGGGCCCAAGUGUGA